AUGGACGUCAACGUCGCGGACGUCGAGGACGCCGCCGACGGCCCCCAGACGGAGGUCUGCACGGACGCGGCCGCGGGCCCGGUCCUCGACGGCGCGGACGUCGUCGCGUACCACUCCCUCGAGGCCGGCGCGAACGCGACCUACGGGUCGCCGGAGUUCGAGGCGUCGUACGGCGACUACAGCUUCUGGUUCGCCAGCGAGGCGAACCGCGCCGCGUUCGCGGCGGACCCGGCGCGCUACGCGCCCAAGUUCGGCGGCUUCUGCUCCUACGGCAUCUCCGACGAGACCUUCUGGACCAAGUCGACGCUCGGGCCCUUCUCGAACCCGAACGUCUGGCGCAUCGUCGACGGUCGUUUGCUCGUCUUCAUGUACUGCACGCCGGAGCACAAGUUCUUCUCCCAGAACAUCACCGCGCAGCUCGACCGCGGCAACCAGAUCUGGGACACGUGGUGGGGCGACGACCUCGUCUUCAACACGCAGUGCUUCUGGACGUCGAAGAUGGAGGGCGGCGCCCAGGACGCCGACGCCGAGAAGCCCGGGCGGUUCAGCCGCAUGGUCGUCGCGUACCCCGUCGCCGUCAUGAUGGCCUCGGGCGGCAUCGCCAUCGUCCUGGCCAUGCUCGCCUUCACCGCCGGGGAGUCGGAGCUCGGCGGCAGCUUCACGGACACGGAGGACCCCAUCGUGCGCAAGCUCUACGGGUUCCUGGCCAUGCGCCACGACUACUGGUCCGACACGGGCCGCGAGGAGGACGAGCGGCGCCGCCUCGGCGAGGCCGCGCCGCGGCGCCGGCCGCGGUCCAGGGUCGAGACGGCGGCGCUCGCGGGGCUGCCGGCGGCGCUGCGCCUGCCCAAGGUCUUCGGCCGCCGGCCGGCCCGGCGCGCGCGGCGCCGCCUCGACGAGGAGGACGAGGACUGGUGGAUGCGCCCCCAGCGGCAGGCCGAGGAGAGCUGCAGCGUCAUCCUGCGGGCCAAGGGCGCGUCGACGGUGCUCGGCGGCAAGGGCCUCGAGACAUUACGGAAGCUCAUCCGCCAGGUGCAGCGCACGGACGGCUUCGCGGACUACUGCCUCAGCGACGACGGCGGGGCGACGUGCGUCGAGCCGACGUCGCUGUUCCGCGGCGUCUACGACGCCUCCGCGGCGCCGUCGAACGACUGCGCGCUGGCGACCUACUGCGCGCCCUACUGGCCCGACGCCGUGCCCGCGUGCGCGGCCGACGCGGCGACGUCGCGCACGUCGGACUACGACCCCGGCGACGCGCUCUACGCCAUGUGCAACAGCACGGACGUCAUGCGCGUCAAGCGCGGGUUCCGCUACUCCGUCAAGAUGUCCGCCAACGCGAGCGGCGCCGAGGCCGACUGCCGGGGCGGCCUCGCGGCGCAGCGCGCCUACACGGUCGGCGGCGGCUGGGACUGCGAUUCCAACAAGGUGUCGUACGCGGCGUUCACCUUCAGCACGGGCUUCCCGCUGUCGUGGAGCGGCGACGCGGGCAGCGACGAGGACUGGGAGGAGAUGGAGGACUGGGCCGUCGCGUCGCUCAUGCCGAAGCUCCACAAGCUCAAGAAGGAUCUGGAAGAGGUCGACGGCGACGACGAGCCCGACUUCGAAUUGCUCUUCAACGGCAUCGACCCCAUCCAGUACUACCUGAACGAGGACCUGCGGAUGCUCAACCUGGCCAUGGCCAUCGUGCUGAUCAUUUUGAUCCUGCAGACGGGGUCCAUCUUCAUCGCGCUCUGCGGCCUCUUCGAGAUCGCGAUCUCGUUCCCCUGCGGGCUCUUCGUAUGGACCUGUGUGGAAAUCAAAUCUUCAACCCGACUUCAAUGUGCGCGUAUGCGACCGUUUCGACGCGAGGCUUUCUGUUGUGCUUCGAGAACUCGAUGA